GAAGACUGGGUGAACACAGAGAGCAGACAGCCGAGGUGUUUCCACCGUGCAGAUCCGACAGAAAGCUAAAACAAUCGCCACCGAAAAGAAUAUUGAAGAUUUUAGAGGUGGACCAUCUUGGUGUUUCAGAUUUAUGCAACGAAAAGUCAAUUAGGGCACGGACCACUGUGUCAGCAACUCCCUCCCGACUUCAAGGAAAAAAUGACAAACUUCAGCGAAUUCACUCAAAGAAAGAUAGACGAAAAAUUCCAUUGGACCAGACGACAUCAUAAAUAUGGAUGAAGUACCUUUGACGUUUGACCUCUCACUAGGACUGUUAACAAAAAAGGUGAAUCGUCCGUCACGCUGAAAACAACUGGCCAUCAGAGAACGCAUUUCACUUCUGAGCUGCACAGCAUCCGGACUGAAGCUUCCACCCGUGGUGAUUUUUAAGCGAAUGACAAUGCCAAAAGAAAAAUUCCCAAAAGGAAUUGCCGUGAAACAAAGUGUGGAUGAUGGAAAGCAUAAUGAAUGAAUGGCUGAAUGAAUGCUACGGGAAGCGACCGGGGGGAUUAUUUCACAUAAAAAAGGCAUUGCUUGUUUUGGACAGCAUGAGGGCCCAUAUAACAGAUUCUGUGAAAGCAGCCAUCAAGACGACAAACUCAAUUCCAGCUGUGAUUCUUGGGGCCACAACAAAGUAUUUGCAGCCCCUCGACAUUAGUGUGAACAGUUAAUUUAAGGUGGCACUCCGAGUUCAGUGGGAGGCUUGGAUGACGAGCGGCGAGAAAUCCUUUACAAAAACUGUCCACAUGCGAAGAGCAACUUUUCCUCAUGUCUGCCAGUGGAUCCUAACGGCGUGUCAAAGAAUCCACCAUCAUCAAUCAUUCCGAAAGGCUGCUGCGUGAUGAGGAGGACAGCGCAAGCUCAAGGGCGGAUUUGUCUCGGGAGGAAAGUGACACUGAGAGCGCAAACGAAAGAGAGACAACGAAGCAACUCUGAGGCUGUUUUAACUCGACACUGAAGAAGACUUCAAUGGUUUCAGUGCACAGGAGGACGAUGGCCAUAGUGAUCAAUGACUUUUGCUGCUAGGUUCCUAUAUUAAAUGUGUGCUGUUCUAUUCCGAUACUGAAGAAAACAACUUUAGUACUGUUAAAAGCACUGUUCUGAAAAAAAGCAUUUGCGGUAUGUAUGUUGUUGUGGAUGUUACCAGCAUUUAUUUAAUUAAAAGUUUUAAAAAAUCUUUCCUGUAACAUCUUGUCGCGUUAAUAUCUCAUGUUUCAACAGGGACACCUGCGGCUUAUAGACAAGUGCAGCUUAUUUAUGUACAAUUUCUUUUUUCUUUUAAAAAUUAGUAGGUGCGGCAUAUAUAUAGGUGCGCUCUAUAGUCCGGAAUUUACGGUAAACACAUUUUAACGAGGUGUUUAUUAUGACACGGCGCAGUUUGAUCAAAUUGGAAACUUCUGGAACCUCUUUGGAAUGACUAAAUAGUAUCUGCAGUAAACAAGCCGGACUAAAGCUCCACGAUGUGGCAGCGAUGACUUAAUCCAUGCAGCAAGGAGAAUGUGUCUCUUCAGGAUCUACAUCCACAGACUUCACCGCUUCAUGUCUAUUAAUAAUUCAACGCCUCAAGAUGAUAUUCCCAACUCCAAAGCGACUCCGGUUCUGCAACAAAGAGGUAAGAAUGCUUUGACAUUUGUUGUUAAAGGGAUAGUUCAAAUGUUUUAAAGUGUGGUUGCAUGAAGUCCGUACGUAGGUCUGUGUAGACCUACACUCGAUGGCAGCAAGUUAACGGCAUAUUUAGAAUAUUUGCCCUUUCUACAGGAACUAAAACCGUUAUCUUUGCAACCAGACUCCAUUGACAAAAGCUGUAAUUCUACUUCUCAGAACACAAGAGUUGCUGGUCUAUUGACUCCAUCGGUUAGUGUUAUGGUGUGACUGUAGUGAAUCUGAACUAACCUUUUUAAAACUUACUAACCAAUGGAGGCAGCAGAAGACCAGCAGCUGUGGUUUCUGAGGGGAAAUGACUGUUUUUGUUGUUGUCCGGUGGUCGAUAUCGGCCUCAGUUCCCCGUCAGAAAUGUCUGUUUGACAUCAAGAUAGAGAGGUGAAGAUAUUCUAAGUAUAGCGUCAAACUGAUAUAGAUUAUUUUAGGAGUGUAAAGUACAUCCAAGCAGAACAUUAAUCUGGUUCUCCAAACUCCAUCUAUUGUAGUAGAACACUGACUAUGUAGAAGAACCUCAUACAACCAAACAUCACCACUGUCCCUUAAGUUAUGUUGUUAUAGUGUAAAUAUUUUUUAUGUAGUCCAUUUAAUGUGAUAACAACUUUUAUUUUAUGAAACAGGAAAACCUGUGUGGUCAUUUGUGGGUUAUAAAGGGGAUUCCAUUCUGUAUUGAGAUCAAGGCCCAUGUAGUUUAAGUUCAACCUGAAGCAUAUUGUUCUAGCAGAAUGUAUACAAAGCUAAAAUCUCCACUGACGUGAAACACUAUCUUGCUGUUAUUUGCUAAUGUGUACAUUGCUGACUUUGACCCAAUAUUACUAAUUACAUGUUAUAUGUUCAUGAUGUGUGCACAUUAGAGACUGGUGUCCUUGCAGAGAACACGCCAAUGGAAGAAGACACCGAACACAUGAAGUAAUGGGACAAGAUGCACCCUUUGAAGCAGGCUUGUACUAUUGGUGAGACGAGGUCAUUUGAAGGAGAGAGGAGCUUGAUUGAAGAGAGAAGUUCGAGGGAUGCUCUUAGGUUGACUUCUAACCUUGACAGUGCCAGAAAUGACGAGGGCGCUCCGAGAGUAAAGGAGAAAGUCCCACAAGAUUUGGAUGGCGAAAAAAUGCCACGCUUCCCAGCAAGUAUAAACACUGAGCAAGUGACAGUGAGGGAACAUGAAAAGAUCCAAAAAGUUGGAAUGGAUAUGACUGAAUCCAAAAACACUGCUCGUGAUUCAGCUACCCAACAGGAAGAUCAAGAAAUGAAAGACCAGAAGCUAGCGCAGGAAGACGAGAUGUCAGACGACACAAAUCGUGGUUUAUUAAGUAAAAUGAGAUUAAACUUUGGUUGUUCGAAUCUCACCGGAAACGCAGGAUGGAUGCCGAUGAGGGCCAACGGCAAAACGCAACAAAGGGGUGUGGCUAACAAACAAAAGUCCCACCAGGAAGCAAGUGACUCGAGUGACGAGGCGGAGGAUGCGGUGGCAGGUCAGUCAGAUGGUACAGGUCAAGUUCUGUCUGAGUCGGGCAUUACGGAGAUUCCUGAAACACUAUUGCGCCCCCGCAGGAAAGCUGUAGAGAGGAAACAACCUACGCGAUCCAGCUUAAGGACCUGCAAGAAAGUGCAUGAAAUGAGGCCUGGCAAAGCACGCAAUGAAAAAAAAGAUACCUGUAAAAAGCACUUCUGUUUAUAUUGCAAAAUGGCUUUUUCCCAAAUUGCAAAGCACUUGGAAAGGACACAUGCAGAGGAAAUUGACGUUGCCCAUGCAUUACACUUCCCCAAAGGGUCCAAAGUCAGACAGAUUAUGCUUGACCAAAUUCGCAAUAAUGGAGAUUAUGAACAUAAUUGCCAAGUUCUCAAAAGUGGCGAGGGGGAAAUUGUGACCAAGAAGCAGGUUAAGAAUUCCAGCAUAUCUGUUCGUGACUUCCUGCCUUGCCAGCAUUGCUUUGCUUUUUAUCGCAAAACUGAUUUAUGGAGACAUGAGAGGUCAUGUAAGGCCAGAAAGGGAGACCAGAAAUCUUCAGAAAGAAAAAAAAGUGUCCACAGUGCUGCCUCCCAGCUGCUUCCAAUGUCCGAGUUCUUAACUGGAGGCUGCAAGGAAAUCAUUCACAUCAUGCAUCAAGACGACAUCUCGCGGCAUAUCAGAAAUGACCCACUUAUUUGUAAAUUUGGCAAUGCGUUGUCCGCUAAGUAUUACCAUGACAAGUCUCAGUUUGCUUAUAUCGCACAAAAGAUGAGGGAACUGGGUCGAUUUGUGGCCGCUGUCAAUGAGCUCGACCAGAGCGUGAAGUACCUGCAUGAAGUAUGUAUGCCAUCCAGGUUUGAAUUAGCCGUUGAAGGGGCCAAAAAAGCGAGUGGCUUUGACCCCAGUUCCAGUAAGUUUAAAACCGUUUCCCUUGUCUCAAAGAUCGGCUACUCUUUGAAGCGAGCUGCGGAAAUAGCUUUCGGGGAAAGUCGCAUGACGGAGGACAGUGAAACUGAGAGUCAAGUGAAAAAGUUCAUACAACUUCUCGAUACAAAGUGGAGCCAGUGUUUUUCUCGCAAGGCUCUCGCAUUAUCGCUAAAGCAAGAAGUCAAGAAAGUGGAAGUAGACAAAUCAACCGUGACAGAAGAUUUGAUCAAACUCCACAGGUUCAUCACGGGGGAAGAAGAGGAAGCCAGGAAGGAGUUGAAAGAAAGUCCGAAUUUGUCAACGUGGAAAAAGCUCAGCGAAGCCACUCUGGCAGAUGUGUGUCUGUUCAACAGAGGCCGGGUAGGAAAUAUUGGGAGAAUGCUCUUGCAAACUUACAUUAGCAAGAAGAGCAGGGGAACAUUUGUGCCCUCGGCAGAUCAAGUAAGGAAAUGCACAACAUUGGAGCUGGACCUUGGUAGCAGUUUCACCAGGUUAGAGCUUGAGGGUCAGUAUGGGAGGAACAUGCUGGUCCUGCUCACAGAAAGGAUGGUUUUGUCAAUCGACUUGCUCAUUGAAAACCGAGAACAAGCGGGUGUGUCGAAAUCUAACCCCUACCUGUUCGCACGGACUGAAGGUCCUUCCUUCAUCAGAGGGUUAGAUUGUUUCCGAAGGUGCGCAAUGGAAUGCGGAGUUAAAAACCCUGAUGCACUUCUGUCCUCGUCUUUAAGAGAGCAAAUUGCCAGCUGCUGGCAGCUUAUGAGCCUCAGUGAAGUCGAAGUGGAUCAAGUGGCCAAGCUGUUGGGAAGGAGCAGCCAGGAGUGUUACGUGCUCUCAAAGAAUGCAUCACAGCUGGAGGAAGUGAGCAAAGAACUUCUCAAGAUGGACCGAACGCUGCCAUCAAGUCCGCCCAGUACUGCUAGAGAUGGAGCUGUUCAGAAGCCUGCUUUAAAGAGAAGACCUUGGAAUGAGAGCGAGCAGGCUGCCGUGAAGCGUUACUUGAGUGAAUUUUUCACAGAAAUGAAGGUUCCAGGCAAAAAGGAGUGCAAUUCUUGCAUAGCCGCUGAACCAGAUCUUGGUGGAAGAUCUUGGACAGAUGUCAAAAACUACGUACACAACACCCUGCAAACAAUGCGGAGGAGAAAUAACCAGCACAAGUCUGAAGGGAAUGUUAACGAGAGUCCGGAAGCUGGAGUCCAAUCCAUGGAGAAGGAUUUGGAAGACUCGUCGGUUGUCUGCAGUUUGACAACCGUGAAUCCAGAUCACCUGAGAGAAAGUCCAAAUUGUUGUAUGACAUUGGCUCCAACCAACUACGUCCAAGAGUUGACUUCAACGUAUGCAACCUUGUGUUCCACUAGUGCAGACAUGAUCCACGCGAGUCAACCGUUAAUUUCUACUUUCACGCCAUUGAAUGCUACUGACACUCAAGUGGUUCCUACAUUUACUCCACACAACACUACAAAUGCACUAAUGCCUCCUCCGUACACAUCAGACAACAUGAUCAUGCAAUUGUCUUCUUAUUCACAGAAUACCACAAGUAUGCAGCCAUCUUCUGUGUAUGCACCGCAGGACACUAUGGGUACACCCUUGAUUCCUAAUUUUACCACCUUUACCGCGCCAAGCACCUCAAUGGUUCCUACUUUUACAACGUUGAGUACAAGCGCCCCCAUUAUCCCGCCGUACUCGCCACUUAACGACAGGAGUGGGCCAAUCGUUUCUUCAUUCACGCCUCUGAACCAUUCGAGCGCACCGGUUUACCCAACAGGCCUGCCUCCUAGAACCGCACAGGUUGUUCCAACAAUCCAUAGACCCGGUGUGCCCGACAGAACACCACUUGCACAAGAAAGCAUGUCCGCGGAGGGAAAGCAAGUCGGUCCAGCCAUCAAGCCUCAGAAGAGAAACAAGCGGUUGUGGAGCAAGGAGGAACAGGCGGCCGUGAGGCGUCAGCUCGGAGACUUCUGUAAACUGGUCAAAGUGCCGGGCAAAAAGGAUUGUGAUGCAUGUUUAGCCGCCGAGCCCGUCCUGAACACCAGAACGUGGCGGGAGGUGAAAUAUUUUGUACAUAACACGAUUCAGUCACUGAAAAGAAGAGGUCUUGUUGUCGCCUCCAAACAAAGUGUAAUACCGGAGCCAGAGACUCACAAUACUCCAAACAUGGAGUGGGACGGUCCCGUCUAUCUGUCCCUGUAAAUAUAUGUAAUGGACUUCCAAAUAAACUAAAGAAAAGAACUAAGUGAUCAGUGAGAUGUUAAGAGGGAUGCCCGUGUUUAAAUUUAAUCUCACACUUUAUGGGGUUUUAAUAGUCCGCGGAUGUAAAUUGUUGUGAACCUCGGUCUCAGUAGCCAAACAGAUCUUGACCACAAUUACAAACUGCUCCGUUCUUUUAACUCUUAUUUUUAACAAAGGCUCCUGAACUAUUCAGAAUCAAGUCCACCAGACCAAGCUACUGGUGUACUGCAGCAUGAAUAAACAAAUGAGUGGAACUGAGGACGUUUGUACUGUAGCUUUUGCGCAGACAAAAAAGGCUGAUAUUAAUGUUUUUAUAUGGUUAGAUUGUAUAUAGACUUAUGCAACACACUAAAAUAUGUACUAUGUUUGUGGAAUCAUCGCAGGUUAUCUAUAGAGUGCUCUGAUGUAGACGUGCGAUCAUUCAGUCAAUGUGAAGCUCAUUUGAUGGCUGCGGCGCCCAAACACGCUUUCCCAAUAUUUGUGAAAAUGGUGAAAGCAAUGGCUGAAAAUAGUUUGGGCCACCGCAUCCGGGACAUUUCCCACAAUGCACUGAGCAAAAGUAGCCUCGGUCACCAGACAUUUCCAGAGGGAUUCUUACUCGUCUCUUCUUCAAAUCAGCCAUCCUAUACUGUUUUCAGUCAUUUUGAAAAGAAGAAACUACCAGCAAAUCUUUGCAUCCAGUCCCUCCAACAUGGUAGAAUCCCCACAAUGCCAAUGGGCACCGAGUGUAUCGUAUUCUUUCUUUAGCCAGUAGCCUUUAUUGUAGAAGGCCCCUGAUAGCCUGCAGCAGUGACCACCUUCCUGAUGUUAGAUGGUUAGGAACUGUGUAAACCUCUCAUUUCAAUAUGAAAACAUAUUUUUAUUUUGAGAAUCUUGUUGAUAAAUGUUGGUUAUAUUGACAUAUGUAUUAUUAUUGUGUGUCUAUUACCAAGCUGCCAAAAGGUUUGGUUGUAUUUUUGUAUCACUAUACAGCAACUGUGUAGAACAUUUAGUACUUUAUCGUUUUUGAUAUACUCUAAUUUGAGGUUAAUACACUACAUUGGUCCCAUUUGUAUUACUUUGUUUUAAGCUUUUAUAAUCUGGAUGUUUGUGACAUUAAUAUCCAGUUUUUGCCAAGAUCUGGUUGCCUUACAUGUUGAUUAUUUGCGUGAUAUUUGUUUUCCCUGCUCAUGUUCAUCACAUCUAACUCACACGUUUUAGAUAUAACGGUGUGUGUUGAAAUCUUGAGGGUUUCAGACAUUAGAAUAAUUCUUCUCAAAUCUAGGGAUGCACGAUUUUAGUUCUUCGGCGAUAUUUUCCAACUAAUUGUUGCUGAAAACUUGUCCCACCUAAUUGCAGAGAACAUCAAGUCUCUCCUGCAGUGGAGUUAACGUAUUCACAUGCCUGCUGUUCUCUUGAUGGCCCACUGGCAGCGUAAGAUUUAAAAUACAAUGUUCUUCAAUAUGUACACAUUCACCUUACAGGUAAAACAUGCUGUAUUUAUUUAUGUCAUGUUCAAACUAAGACUUGAAUGCCACAGAGACGGUUCUAAUAAAAGGCACAACCAUGGAAGAUUUGACCAAUUUCGUAAGUUGUAAAACGAUGUUCCUGCAAACAGUUGUUAAUUAAUAGUUUGCAUCACAUGCGCAAACCAUACCGCAGGAAAAUGACAUUUAAUUUUAAAACCUUUUUUUAUGUGCCGAUGUCAUCAUGCAGCCCCAGAACAUGCCUCAUCAUCACCUUCAACUGAUAAUGCUGUUUAGUUAUUACACAAACACAGUUGCACAUUUAAUUGAAAUUAAACUUUGUUUGUUUCUGUAGCAAACAGACCUUGUUGAAGGUGUUUGUGUUUACUCUGAAUAUUCAAUAAUGUUUGGACGGGUGGUUUUUCUGAUGGAAAGUUUCAGAUAGCACUACUGCUGUGAAGAUAUUGUGUUGUCUGUCACAGCUGUAGUGGAUCUGUGGAGACCCUCACACCAACCCGGUCAGAUAACGCGUUCCAGUAUACAGUAUGUUGUGGUUCCUCUGUUCCACGUCUGCAGAAGGUUUAUGAUGGUUCAAAACAUCCGAUUGCAAAGCAACAUUUCUUUCCUGUACAGUAGAUGACUUUCUUUCAUCGCUAGUGUAUAAGCACACACUUCCUCCUGUCGUAAUUAUGUCGCCUUCAGCUGAUGCUUCUUAAGUAUUGUAAGGCUCUUAUAACUCUAGCUUGUACAAUAAAUGCUUCUUGGCUUAAA